AGAGUUAACAAGUUCAUGGAUCGUGAGGGGCGCAGGCCUCGUAUACUUGUUGCAAAGAUGGGUCAAGAUGGCCAUGACAGAGGAGCUAAAGUUAUUGCUACAGGAUUUGCAGACAUCGGCUUUGAUGUGGACAUAGGUCCCCUCUUCCAGACACCGCGAGAAGUGGCCCAGCAGGCGGUUGAUGCGGAUGUGCACUGUGUUGGUGUGAGCACGCUCGCAGCAGGUCAUAAAACUCUUGUGCCUGAACUCAUCAAAGAACUCAACGCCCUUGGCCGGCCGGACAUUCUUGUCAUAUGUGGAGGUGUCAUCCCACCUCAGGAUUACGACUUCCUGUAUGAAGCCGGCGUUACCAAUGUGUUUGGUCCAGGGACUCGUAUUCCAAAAGCAGCUGUCCAAGUGUUGGAUGAUAUUGAGAAGUGUCUGGAGCAGAGGCAGCAAUCUAUGUAACGCUGAAAUGUCACACAACGCAACCAGCCUUAUACUAAUCGCUUACAGAAUGUAAUCAUCAGCAAGGGAUGGCCAGCCACAUACCUUUGGUUCCACUGCCCUGUGCCCUGGUGUUUUGUGCUUUCUAAGAAAGUUGUAAAUUCUCCGCUUGUUCUGUUUGAGGAUUAUUUACAUGUGUACCCACAAGAAAAUUUUAUCUCUAGAACUAUGACUUCAGGGAAUGAAGGGAAUUCAGUAGGUGGGUUUGUUUUUUUUUCCAAAUACACUGAUAAAUAAAAUACCCAUUCCAGCUC